UAAAAGCAAUGCCAUUCGCAGGAUAUUUGUUUUUGGGUCUGAUAUUUCAUUAUGUUCAGCGAAACAAAUGCCUUCGUUGUGAUGGACCAAAUGGUACAAAAUGUUGCUCAGGAUUUCAGUGGAAUGUAAAAUUGGGAAACUGCAUAGAAUGUAAAGCUGGUUAUAUGGGAGAAAAUUGUUUCUAUAAAUGUGCUAGUCCAUAUUAUGGAAGAAGAUGUCUACAGAAAUGCAAUUGCCAAGGAAAGAUGUGUCAUUUUAUCACUGGAUGCAAUGUGUUAAAAACCAAUACAACAGAGUAUACCUCUGUAAAAGUAACAAGAAGUCAAAGAAGGAGAGGAAUUUAUUCAACAGAAUUACAAGAAGCUAUAAUUGAUAUAGAAUACGCAACUGAUAGUAUGACAUCAAAGACUGGAAAUUUCAAUCACAAAGAAAAACAUUUCAAUAAUUUUGAGACAAUAUCUAAGGAGAGAAUAGAAUUUAUUUACAGGAUGAUGAUUGGCCUAUGCGCAAUCACAGCCUCAUCAACAUGUUUAACAUACCUUCUAAUCUGCUAUUACAGGCAAGGUCUCAGAAAAUUCCUCUCUUCUUCGAUAACCCACGAGAGGAAUUUGAUAAAUGCUCGACAAUCUGAUACUUGUCUGGAACAAAAUUCAAACACUUCGAGCAAAAAUCUAUACAACUUCCCAGCCUGUCGUCAUUCGUAUAUGGGUACAGUGUCUACGAAGUUGUCUUUCCAAGAAGAUAAUGGCAGAUUAUCACUGAAACUUAAUAUGGAGAAGGAAAACCAUGCAUUUAUGGAAGAAAAUACAAAGGAAUAUUUACAAGGAUAUGGAGAUCAUUUCAAGUUUGAAGAAUAUGAGCUGACAAAAACUAAUGCUCAUUCGCAAACAGAUAACUAUCUCACACCAAAAUCAGCAAAGAUUAAAGAUAAAGGCGACCAAAAAGGAUGUGAAUCAUACCUAUCUUUAAAUCGCACAAUACCUGAAGAUGGAAAAAUUGAAAAGUGUGAUGCUGAGAUAGAAUUCGAUGAUCUGAAAUAACAUAAAAAGCUUAACACAAUGUUUUUAAUCAUAAUGUUUUUUACAGGUACAACUAUUAUAUCUCAUUUACUUCCUUCUCCUCCAUG